UAGCGCGGCUGCCCCGCGGCUAUGCCUCGGACGUGCUAAUUGCACCUUUCCCCUUUCCUCCCUUCGCCAGUCUCCUCCCUCAUGCUCUGGAAACGAACGAAUCGCUGUAUUCGUCCUCCACAACUCCUCAAGUCACUCCAAUGUCGUUCUAGUAGUGCUUCUCCUUCGUUUCAAAACGAGAUUCACAAAUUACGCGUCAAGUUUCAGCAAGAAUUGUCUACUGCACGAGAGUGUCGCUUAAAAAAAAGCAAAGACACGCGUCCUUCUGCCAGAAGGAACAACACCUUUACAGAACAGAGGGCUGCUAUCGAUGCGCUUAUUCCUACUAUCCGUUAUGAGCCUAUAAAGGAACUUCCUUCCGCCGAAUUCCAAAAACAACGCAAGAAUAACGCGAAGAAAAUGCUUUUUAAGAAAAAGGCGACUCUCAUUAAAAAGAUCAGCUCGCUGUACACGUCUCCAAGUAACUUUAUCGUGUCACACGAACAGUUGGAUACGGAAAUUGAACGCGCCUUUGAUCCUACCUUUUUCCGGACCUUUGACCCACUUCCCGCGUCUUCUUCUGCAAGUUCGUCUUCGUUUAGCUACGAGUCCUUGUUUCUCGACGACUUAAACGACGCAACUCUCCAACCCAAACUCGAAAAAGUUCUGCUGCGCGACUUGCGAAAGAAAGUCUAAUACAAGGUUAGCAUGUGCUGGAACAUUUUCGCAUAAAUGUACUUUAUUUUGUUUAUGAUGUCAUGAUCUGCAUAAGUGUUGCGACUGAAUUGGCGAUUUGAGCGAGGAAGCUGGGCUUCUUGGAUGAGGAGCUGAAAUUCGUCAAGCUCUGUUCGCAUAAUGAAAGCUGCUUCGGAGGCGUGUACUAGUCUUCAGGCUGCUCGGCAACGGAGACAAGCGCCUCCUUCUCCUUUAUCAUUUUCAUUUUCGGAGAAAACUGCACUUGGACAAUGUCAGAAGUUUCAAUGGCUGUCUCAAGGUCUUCAGUAAUGCGUCCAUUAAAACCCUCCAUGAGAUCGAUUUUGUCCAGCGGAACCCGCUCUUCUUUUUUGUACAGUUUCCAAAAUAGAAAGCAGAAGAAUGCUACCGGAGCUGCCAAGUAUGCCUGGAAGAAAUCAAUCGCGUUGGUUUUCCGUCCGAUAGGAAACAAGGCAAUGUACAAUUGCGCUAUUAGGCACAGCACAGUCAUACUUACACCGUAGUACGAACCAAGCUUACCGAAUUUGCUUGUAAACAAGAGUUCGUUCAACGUAUGUCCUUGAAGUUUCCAUGCUUUUCGAAAACGCAAAUGAGCCAAACAGAUGCUUCCCCAUAUGAAAAUGGUUGAAAGACCACAUAGUGACAACAGCCAGUUGAAGACUGCACCCCCUAAACCUGCCUCAGCGACAUACGCAAUGCAGCCGAAGCACAAGACACCUAUUGUUGCAUUCCGUGGUUCUCCCUUCUUCGUCGUGCGUCGGAAAAUUUUGGGAGCAUAUCCAUUCUUGGCAAGGGCGAAUAGUGUUCGCCCGGCUGCGUACGACGCGGAGUUCGCAACCGAAAUAGUGGAUAACAGGAUAACCGCGUUCAUGAUACUUGGUAGGGCCCUUAGAUUUGCCAGUUGUAAGGCCAGUACAAAUGGCGAAAUAAGUUCUUCUGACGUGCUCUCUGAGCGCAACUCUGGAAUAUUGCCUGGCACGAUGAGCGUCAUCAUAAACAGUCCUACGACAUAAAACAAAAGGACACGCCAGAAUAUUUGCUUCACGAUUUUCGGUAUGGUUUUGUUUGGGUUUUGUGCUUCUCCGGCUGCAAGACCAACAAGUUCUGUUCCGGAAAGGGAAAAGACGGCAAUUACAAGCACCGAACAGAAUCCUUUCAGCCCGUUCCGGAAUGCCAUCGAGUUCUGCCAGUACCGUAGACCCACAGUACCCAGGUCGUUGUUAGGUAUGCCACCCACGUCAAUGAUGAUGCUAAGUAUAAUAAAGACAAAAACGGCAAGAACUUUCACAAUGCUCAAUGCAAAUUCCACUUCAGCAUACCCCUUGACGCCCACAAAAUUGAUGCCGAUAAGUAUGACAAAAAAGAUGGAAAUCCAAACAGACGCGCGAACGUGCACGUUCCAAAAGUUUAUAACCAUUGGCGCUACAGUUAGCUCCAGCGGAAUCGUUACCGAAAAUGCAAGCCAGUAUUGAAUGCCGACAGAGAAGCCCCAUGCGGGAUGGAUGAACCGGGAGAAGUACUUGUAAAAGCAACCAGGGGAUGGAUACACGACCGAAAGCUCUGCAAGAGCACUAGUGGUACAAAGAACGUACAGGCCAACAAUGAUAAAUGCAAUUACAAUACUUGCAGGACCACCGUCUGAUAAGGCGUUUCCACUGCCGACAAAAAGACCUGUUCCCACACAUCCUCCAAUGGCAAUCAUUUUCAUAUGUCGACUUUUCAGUUUCCGUUGAAGAUUGCCGGAGGCUGCUGCUGGACUUUCACUUGCUUCUCGCAGCGUCUUUCCUCCAAGUGUGUCUCCGUCAAUGCUUGGAAUACGAGCAAGUACAUCGGGUGUGGGUGCCUCUCUUACAUAAAGAACUUUUAAUGGAGUCUUGACUGGCUCGUAGGGAUCUUGGUCAUCGCUGUUUCUGAAUCCACUCAUCCUUCGAGUGCGAGAAAGGUGUUCCUGUUUGUCAAUCUACGAAGUCAACAAGUACAAUUCCUGUGGCAGGAUCUGAUUUAGGAUGAAAGAUUGAAGUCUUGUUUAGCUUGCUGGCCAACUGCUAAGAACAGAUGGGCACAAAAGGACGGUGAGUACAAAUUCUCUAACGUAAGAAGGAAGGGGACCAUGGGGGCUUUAUCAUUUUUAUAUUCCUGCUUUGAGCCGUUUUCAUUUAUCCAUAUCUCGUCACGAAUUUGUUUGACCAUGAACCUAGUGAGCCAUUAACUAGGGACGUAUGGGUUAUGAACAGGGGGUGAACGGGAUUGUUACUACGUUAAACUGUACUACAACACUAUAUUAUUCAAUGUAUGUUCUCUGAGUGUUCUACUACAUAUAACGCUUUUCUAAACCGUUUUUUUUUUUUAAACCUCUUUUAAUAUUACUUUUUUGUAGAUUAUGUGUUGCCCCAUUUACCCCCACGUUUACAAACUCA